AUGGAAACUCGAUGCCGCCUGCACAGCGGGUGCUUCGAAGAAGCUAGGAAACAUUAUGGGGCUCCUGCUACAACGACCACGACCGGCGUGAAGGUGGCUGUGAAGGUGACUGUGCCGCCCACUCCUGCUGCUACCACUACCACUAUGCCAAACAUUGCUAUCAAGCUGGGGCCGGGGGAGGUUAAUUUGGCUGCUGUUCCUGAUGAGACGGUGGCGCCGGUUCCGGUGCAGGGCGGAGCACGCGAGCGACGCCGAGCUGAGCAUGGUCAGCUAGCACCUCACGAAGUCGAUGCUGUGCACUUCAUGCAGAUGCCCGACGAGCUUUAG